GUGUCCAAUUCAUUUUUCGUAUUGACAGUAACGUGUUCAGAUCUGCUCUUGAAUCACAUCUCGUAGAUUCGUUAGAAAAUUGAGUGCUCUUUUGAUUUGUGAACUGAAUUCAAUCAUCAUUUGUUUGAUGAAUAGGCGCGUUUCGAUUAUAUUCCAGCAAUUUUCAAACAGUGCUCAGUUUCUUUCGGUGUUCCUUCUCUUUUUCUACGAAUUUCCUUCAUCGCAAACAUGGUAUCAUUCUGCGAGUUAAUGUCAAGUGAAGAACAAUGCAACGAACAAUUGGUUAUGACCGUGCAGAGGAUUGAACUGCGUGAAUUCGAAUCGAAAAUUGAGCAAAUAUCACCGAUUGUCAAUGAUUAUCGUAAUAACGACACGGCUAACAAGUACCAAACUGAACAUGCAUGGAAUAACAAGCUGUACAUCGACUAUUCACACCAUAUCCAAAACUUGAGUAUGGAGUCGACCAUGCGUAAUGUUGAGCUGGAACAAAGUGCUUGCGUGGAAAAAGCCAGGGAAAUUUGGUUGAUAAUGGAACAAAAUUGUAAAAAUAUCUUGACUAGACUACAAUUCGUCGUUGGAUUUUUCAACGAGGCACAGCAUAUUCUCAUCGACAAACUAUUGGGCAGAUGGAAACAUAAUCAAAUCAUGUUUCUCUAUGGCGAAGGUGGUCCCAGGACACAGAGUAUGAUCCAGACGCUGGAAAAGCUUAAAAUCGAACUUUACCAAAUUCAAACACAUUUCGAACAAUUAUUCGAUUAUGUUUGGUAUACGCAUUCAUUGGUGAGCGUAAUGCGUGAAUGUCACGCUGGAAGAACGGAUGUCGAUACUCUUGCAAAUGAAAUCGCUUUUAUACAACAAAAACUGCUAUUGUCGAGUUUUGUUGUGGUCGAACAGCCACCACAAGUCAUUCAUUCAAAUGUACAAUUUGAGGCGAUCGUGCGUGUUCUUUUAACCAGAUACAUUGCAUCCAUUAGCAAUCCAUUGGUGUGGGUUGUAUCCGAGUCGCAAGUGAAAACACAGCACCAGCACCAUAAAGAGCAAGAAGAAAACAAGCAACAAUUAACUUCGUUCGAUGAGAAAUGGGCAGAAAUCAGAUACACAGACACGGCAUUUGAAUCGCAGUUGCUGAGUUUGGAGUGCAAUUUGAAGGAUUUAAAGUUGAAAAUCAAGCGGAUCAAAAAGAAAGAUGUGAUGGAUGAUAAAUUUGCACUACGAUUCCACUGCACAUUAACGAUUAAAGGCCAUCCAAAUCUAAUUGAUAUUUGGACAACAUCGUUGCCAGUCACGGUCACAACGAACGUAAGUCAAGAUGCAGACGGUUGGGCAACCAUCACAUGGGACAAUUCGUUCUUUGAAAUUGGCCGAGAUCCGUUCGACGUUCCCGAAAGUGUGCCAUGGUCACAUGUGAAAAUGGUUCUAUUCACAAGAUUCUACUAUCAAACGGGCCACAGCUUGACUGAACAACACACGAAUUACUUGUACAAAAAGUUGUUCAAAACUAAUCCAUCCACUGUGUCAACCGACCGUCCGGUCUCAUGGAAUGAAUUUGGCAAAGCAAAAAGCCAAGAUUUUACAUUUUUUGCUUGGUUCCACGAUGUUACGAAACUGGUGCGAUUAUAUCUCAGGGAAGAAUGGGGAGCUGGACUCAUCGAAGGCUUCAUUAGUAAAGAUGAAGCGUGGGAAAAGCUUCGCAAUUGUGCACCCGGCACAUUUUUACUUCGAUUCUCUGAUAGUCAGCUCGGUGCCAUCUCAGUUGCUUCGGUUAAGAAUGACCCGAGCGGUUUUCCGGUGCCUGACCAUAUGGAUCCAUACGUUGAUAGUGAUUUCGAACAAAUCAGGAAAAGCAAACCAACGCGUAAACUUACAAUCGGCGACUUGCUGAAAGAUCUCAACCAAUAUACCGUUCUCCAAACGGUGAAUAGAACAAAACAUGACGCAUUCGCUCCUCAUUACACAAAAGAUGAGCCCAUUCCACGUGCUAACUCCGCCCCAUAUAGUGGAAAACAAAAAUCAAUGCACUAGGCCAAACUGUGAAUUAAUCAACGCAAGUCACACACAAUCAAAGCAAAACAACUGAUUUCGAUCAAGUUUUCAUUGUUGAAUUUCAAUAUUUAAAUAUAAAUCGAUACUUUUGGUACGAAAAUAAAUCAUUGGUUUUAACAUUUGGCUGGAGAAAGUUCCUGAAAGUAGGCAAUAUGAAGGUUUCGAAGGCUUCAAUGCCAUUGAAACAUUCGUUCAACACACACUGGCAGCAUGAACGCUUUUUAUUUCAUAAUUUCAGUUUACAAAAUGUAACGGAUAAAAAAACUCAUUUUAUUUCGAUGACGUUCAAUGCCUUCCGUUUUCACCAAAGCGAUGUAAACAAAGAACUACUGUCAGAUAUUUUUCUGCACCAAAUGCAGCAUAACUGCAUGGAUAAUGUGA